CGGUCUCUAAUCGACAAAAUUUUUGAUUUACCGCAAAUACAGAUUCUCUUUCUUUUGAUGGUACUCAACUGAAUAAACCGAGCACAUUUGAAAAACAGUUUCAACAAUAAGCGAACGAUUUCGAAACAAUCUGUUGUAACUGAUUGAGCUGAUUGAAUGGAUUUUAUUAUGGAUUUUAAAAGAAACUCAUCCAUUUGUUUAUAUUUCUUACAUUUGAUAACUAUUUUUGAGACAAUUCUUAUUCUCCGUCACAUAAAAUUAUCUGAAGAAAAAUAAAGUAGCCUAGAUAAAUAUUUUUUAAUAUUUUACUGUUUGUUACACAACUGUGUUUCAAUGAAAAAGGAGGACUUUUAAUUUGUCACGUUUGUUUUUAUAGGGCUUUGAACUUGAAUACAGAAAUGGAACCGGUUAUUUUUUUUCUUGUUUUGUUUUAAAAUUCACCGUGUGCGAUACUAUUUAAUUUAGUUCUAUUUUGCCAUCAAAACAAUGUGGUUCACAAUGACGCCUAAUUUGCUUAAAUGCCUUUUUUAAAUCAAAUAAAAUGAGAAACUAUGGGACAUAAUGAAUUUUCACCAACAUAAAUAGCUUGCUAUAGCUAUGAUGUGAGAGGAAAUUUAAAGCUACUUUGAAACUCCUCUGUUCUUCAAAACUACAGUGUGUUGUACUUCGAAAGCAAACUUUUGCUACUAGUGACGCAUGGAUCAUGGAUUUCUGUAUGAUUAUCUUUGAACUGGCUGUUGUAUUAAAAUAUUUUUGUUACGGUCGACACGUUUUCACCUGUUAUCUGAUGUAUGAUUUAUUCCUUAUGACAAUAUAUCAUCAUGCAUGAACUUUUGGCUCAAGUCUUGACUAACCGUGAUCUUUCCAGAGCUGGUGAUCUCUUUUCUAUAGAUGACAAAAAUUUAGUUACUGACAUUUCCGAAGUGUUGUCUAAAAUACAAGAAAUUGCUAGUGCUUCAGAUUUUACACAAAAUGACAAUAACCAGAGUGUUGUAGAAAUUUGUAUCACUAGAGUGACAUCAGCGAUAAGAGAUACUGGUACAAUUGAACAACAUGCACCAGCUAUGGUAUCACUUUUGGAAUCGUGCCUUAAUCACGAUCUUCGACCUUUACCAAAGGAUGAAGAUCCUCCUCAUGCAAAAAUUGCUUCAGAUAUUGUGAGCUGUAUAUUUUUAAAUCAUAGUAAAAAAUCUGUCAUGAAAUUAGCAUUACCUGUUGCUGUGAAGUUUUUACAUCGGGGUAACAAAGAGCUUAGUAGGAACUUAUCAAGUUACCUUUCUUUGGCAGCAAUAAAUAAUGCUGAUCUUCUUGCUGUUCAUGUUCAACCAAUAAUUGAUAGUAUUAUAAGUGGUAAUUAUUCUCUUACACGUGUGUUGCCUCAAAUAUAUAUUGUAAACAAGGAACCUAUUCAUGAGCAUGUGAUGGCUUUGGUGUCAUUAUUACCUCAAUGUGAAAAUGCAGAUAAACUUAGUUUGCUAAAUCUUUUCUCUCUGAUUGCUAAGCAUAAAUCAUCCCUUUUAGAAAGCAACUUACCACAUUUGAGUGAGUGCCUUACGAUUCCAAGUGCAGCAGCAUCAGCACUUCAAAUAUUUUUAGAUAUGGCUGCUGUGCGUCCACAAUCUUUUACUGAACAUGUUCAAAAAAUGAAAAUGGCAGCCGAGCUUCAACCUGGAACUCUGAUUCUUGUAGCUAGAAUUUUAGGAAUCAUUGGAAAAUUGAAUCAAGAAAGAGCUAAAGACACGCUUGAAUUUUUGAUUGCACAUCUUGGCAAAGUUGACCAAUGGACUUUGAUGGCACUUCUUCGAGUAAUUAAAAGUCUUACAGAUAUGUAUCCAUCUUUGUUACCUCAAUAUUUGACUUCUAUUUGCAAUCAAGUAGAGCCAUCUGCUUCCUCUAACAUUCGAAUAUAUCUUCAACAAUUAAAAAUGGAUUGUAGAGCUUCUAAGAAUCAGCAAAUAGUUAAUCAGACAUCAUGUGGCAUAACAAUUGUAAAAGUUGGUGGAGUUAAGUCAGACCACACAAAUGGAACUCCUUCUCCAUUCAAUUGUCACAUUCCUCCUAUAUUACCACAUUCAUCUAACAAAACAGUUCAUAAUGGAUUUCAACAUAGCAGAUCAAGACACAAUUUACCUGGUCAUGCUGAGGCACGAUCAAUGUCCCAACUUGGUUCAUUUCAAACUAUAAACCGUAGUAUGGGACGACUUCCAUCUUCAAUGAGUACAUUAUAUUAUCAAAGUGCUUCCCGUUUGAGUUCUCCUAUUGGGUUACACACUAGUAUGAUGCGCCUUGGGUCAUCUUCUGCUAUGAAUCGUAGUAUGACUGCAGUUAAUUACAAAAAUGUUACAAUUCCCAUUGCUGGUAUUUCUAGUGGAGGUGUUACUGUUAUGACAACCAUGUCAACUCCACAAAAAGGAAUUAGUGAUAGCAUGCCUACUUUGCAAGAAGAAGGACCUGUAACUGUGUCUAUAGGUAAUGCUCAACCAGUUAGUGGAAAUGAGUCAUGUGGUCUGAGGUCAAGUCAGUCUACUUCUACUACAACUUCAGUCAGUCCUUCAUUCAGUAUCCCUGUAUCAUCUGCUGUGACAAGUCACAUUGUGUCCCCACCAACUGCAACAGUUGCAUAUUCUUGUAAUUCUGAUUCUAUUCCAAAUGCAAAAUUAAGAAAUACUAGUGGUGUAACUGUAAUUACACAUUCUGGCUCCCAGUCCUCAUCAAAUCCUCAGAGAAUAUCUGUAUUUGAGCCAUAUCCAAUGAGAGAUGCUGUUCAACACUUUUGUGAAAAACAUUUAGAUAAAAUCAAAGCUUAUAUGGUAAAAGUGUUUGUCAAAAUACCUUUACCUGUCAGAUGUACUAUUGAAGAAAGAAAAGCACGGAAACAUGCUAAAAUUUAUUUUGCCUGCCAAGGCAAAGGGGAGCAUUGUUUGUACAACAAAACAUUUUUCAUAAUGAAAACACGUAAUCCACGUGUAUGGAUCCAUUUAAUGUUUUUAGCAUUGCAAGCUCGAGCUUCAAUGGCUCUCAGUACUCGUGAAGCUUCUGUAAGCAGUCUGAAAAAUUGUUGGGAUACAUUAAAAGCAGACAACAAAAGUUUUCUAACUCUUGUUACUUCUGCUUUCCCUUCUGCCAAAGAUCAAGAUACCUUAAUCAAUGAAUUAAGAACUGCUAGAUUUUUUGAUGUUUUUGAAUACAAUGGACCUCUAAAUAUUUGGGGGUGCUUCCUUUGUAAUCAUCCAGACAGAGCACGUGGUUUUCUUCAAGAUACUCAGCCUGUCAUAGAGGGUCAACUAAAAGAGAAAAAAGGAAAAUGGAAAAUCUUCCGUCGUUGGAGGACACGCUAUUUCACAUUAUCAGCUGGCCAUUUAUCUUAUCGUGGAAGUCAAGAUGAAAAAGAAGUUCAACCAAUUGAUAUUAGUCAAAUUCGAAGUGUUCGAGCCAUCAGUAGUAGGGGUCGAAACAUCCCUAAAGCUUUUGAAAUCUUCACUAAUGAGAAAACUUUUGUUUUAAAAGCUAAAGACAGUAAAAACACUGAACAAUGGGUACAGUGCCUUUCUAUAGCUAUGGCUCAUUCUCAUUCUAAAGAUUUAUAAACACUUAAAUAUGUAAUAUUAAUUUAUGUGAUAAAUCAAAAUCUGUCGAUAACAUAUUUUAACAGAAUUAUGAAUUCUAAAAUACAGAUUCUAUAAAUGAUUUAGUUUUCAGUUAUUGGAGAUUUACAAAGUUUGGUCGAUUAAGAAAUUGAUUCUCAUAAAUUUUAUAACUAGUUUCUCUGGAAGUUAAAGUUUAUUGUUUUUAAAUUCUUCAACUUAAUGGUGGUCAAAAAGUGGUUGCUAAAAAUUUGUGGCAAAUAUUUAUUUUUGUAUAUUUGUAUAUGUAUUUAACUUUUUUAAUAUGACUAUACAAUGAAAUUUUACCUUUUACAUCUUUAUAGUUUAUUACAGAAUACCACUUUUUACUGAGUGGCUCUUCCACUUUAGCUUUUUAAAUGACCAAUAAGUAUUAAAUGUGUAACUUUAUUCCAUGAAAGAAAAGGCUGGCUCCUUUUAGUGGGAUUUUUGAAAUGUGAGAUUUAUAUAUGUUCAAUGUAUAUAUAUACAUAUAAAUAUAUUUGUGAGAAUUUAUUAUAUUAUUAAAUAUAAUAAAGUUUUUGUUGAAAAUAAUA